AGAGGGGCCUCCUACCUCCGGGGUUCCCGUUCCCGCACGUGUGCUGCCGCGCCCGAUGUCCGCCUCUCCGCCGCCGGCUCCUCGGCCGCCCCCGGUGCUCCUCGGCUUGUGCGAUGCCGCCGUCCGUGUCCCCCCCGCGAGCUCCGGCCAGAGCCGCCUUCAGUUCCAGGGAGUUGCGAGCAAGCUGGGCGGAGUUCCGGAUCAUGUCCCUUCUGUAACUCCGGCUCAUCCUUUGUGUGGGAUUUGCAGGGCUGGCUUGAUGCACGUUGUGCAGCUGUAUUGCCCUCUUGAAGGCUCCCCGUUCCAUCGUGUCCUUAACGUGUUUGCCUGUGCAGGGAAAAGCUGCUGGGGGAAAUCAGAAAGCUGGAAGGUAUUACGGUCCCAAUAUUUGGAAGUGCAAGGAAAAGAAAUGCAAGACUGCAAACCAAAGCAGAAGCAAGAAAGCCGGAUUGCAGCCAAGGACUGGUAUGAUGGAGCGGAUGACUGGGGGGAAGACAACAAUGUGGCAUCAUCUGAGGACACGUGCAGCCCAAGCCUUGGCUUGCUGGCAGCAUCAGAUCCCUUCCCCGGAGAGGGAGACUGCGCAUCUCAGUUGCAGGGUCUUAGCCUGCAAGAAGUCCCAGGCAUCUCCUGCCUCUCAUGCACUGAUAAUCCGUCUGGGGAAGAGCAAAACAUUCCCAUGUGGCAACCAUACUAUAUCAGCGCCGUGGAGGAAGACGAUUACCUUGGCAAUGAUGAUACAGAUCAUGCCCAAAAACUCUUAAAGGAGUAUCAACAGAGGGAGGGUGUCAAUUUGGAACUGUUGAUGUCAGAAAGCAACAUGGUGGACAGUUUAGGUGAGAAAUAUGAGAAGAGUGAUGUUGAAAAGAGAGAUGAAGUGUUCCACAAGUUUAUGAAAAGGAUCGCCCCUUGUCAAGAACAGAUCUUAAGGUAUUCCUGGGGUGGCCAGCCUUUACUUAUAACAUGCCCCUCAUCAGACAUCAAGACAGCGGUCCCGCCCUGCCAUAACUGCAAAAGCAAGAGAAUCUUUGAAUUUCAGCUUAUGCCCGCCCUGGUCAACAUGCUGAAGAACAGGGAUAAAGAUUGGUCAGUGGAAUUUGGAACAGCACUGAUAUAUACGUGUGAGAAGAGCUGCUGGCCAGUUAAUCAUCCAGUGCCCCUGGAAGAAUUUAUUUUUGUACAAGAAGAUCCGGAUCAGCAGCUGUUUAAAUAAAUCCCAUUUAAUCUCUUGUAUAAAUAAAUUUGUAUUUUAU